AAUAAAACAUUCAAUCGGCAGCGUGACUACUUACUUGCGGCGGUAUGCUCUCUCUCCCACCACAGCGUUGUGCUGAUUGUAAUUGGAUGGCGAUAGUCGACCUCCAACUUGAGAAGUGAGACAGUGAAGCGGCUGAGAAGAAAGAGAAGAAAGAAGAGGUGGAUCUGACGGAAAGCUUUCUCCAUACUCUCUCUCUACUUGUGUACGCAGGAAGCUAUCCGAAUUUGAGGUCCAAAUUUUUCGAGUACUGUAGCUGAUGAAAUGGGCGAGAACACUGUUCCUAAAGCCCUCCCAUUGUAUGUGUUAGAGCCAACUGAGAUAGGCUUAGCUGAAGGAUGCAUAUUAUCACUACGGCGCUGCUUUGGCCUUCAAUCUCAACCACCGCCUGUAAUCAUCGUCCUCCGCCGUAUCUGUCACCGUUUAGUGGAAGAGAAAGAAGAAGAAGAAGACCUUGUUUGCUUUCUUCAAUUACCGAAAAGGGCGCUCUCUCCCAUCGCAUAUCUACUCAUUCUGGUUCAAUUUCGGUUUCUUCGACUACUUCAAUUCUGUCUCUGCGCGUACCGAGGAGAAAUGUAAAAUAUCAGGCCGUCGGUGACAGUUCAUCGCCUCCUUCAGAUUCAACAGUAGUUUAUCAAGGCUUUUAUGGUUCGUGGACCGUCGAAGACUCCGACGUCCAGGAGGUCAUUCUAUAUCGAUCGGGAUUAGUAACGGCUGCUAUGUCAUUUGUUCUUGCAUCGUCCGCAGUUUUGCUUCCGGGAGAUUUGUUGUUAAGGGACUUCAUUAGGAGAAACCUGGAUGUCUUUUACAUGCUUGGAGCUGGUGGAUUGGGGCUAUCCCUCUAUCUAAUUCACAUCUAUGUAACACAAAUCAAACGCACCCUCCAAGCACUUUGGAUGUUAGGUGUUUUUGGAUCAUUGGGGACAUAUUAUGUGCUUGCUCAGCCUGCUGGGUGCAAUUUAGUACAAUAUGUUACUGAAAAUCCGACGGCUGUCUGGUUUGUUGGCCCGGUCUUCGCCGCGCUGACAGGGCUAGUCUUCAAGGAAGGCCUUUGCUAUGGAAAGCUGGAAGCUGGAAUUCUCACUUUCAUCAUCCCAUCGGUUCUUCUAGGGCACCUGACUGGAUUGAUGGAUGACAGUGCAAAAAUUACCCUAUUGGGCGUUUGGGCGGGACUUUUUGUGGUGUUCGCAGGAAGAAAAUUCACGCAACCAAUAAAGGAUGAUAUAGGAGACAAAUCUGUGUUCACAUUCUAUGCUCUACCAGAAGAAGAGAAAGCAGCAGUGGUUGAGAAACUUGGGUUGCAGAGGCAGCAUGAAACCUCGGAGUAGCAUUGCCUUGAUCAUUUUAGGACAGUAAUGCAAUGUAUCAUGCCUUCUUAACUUGGUAUUACUCAACCUAAUGACUUGUAGAUAAACCAAUCAUCCAUUGUACGUUUGUACCUAAAGGAGUUUAAUAGAUGGAACAUAAUGUUUGGUAUAAUACUCUGUGUCCCAAAAUGAACUUCUCUUUCUUUUUUGAGUAAAUUCCCAAAUUAGUCCUCGGUAACAUGAGUUUUUCCCAAUUUAGUCCUCCAUAAAGAGUAAUGAACAAGAUGGUCCUCU